AUGAAGCAAGUGAGACCAGUAGUUUUAGCAUGCAAGAGAAAAGAGGAACAACAGGUGAACGGUGGCCCACAACCUGCUGCGCCCAAGAAGCCACGCUUAGUAUUCACUGAUAUCCAGAGACGCACAUUGCAGGCAAUAUUCAAAGAGACGAAGCGUCCGUCACGUGAAAUGCAGCUGACGAUAUCACAACAGUUGCAGCUCGAUCCAACAACGGUCGCUAACUUUUUCAUGAACGCUCGACGUCGUGGUCACGACCGCAGUAGGCAAGAAGAUGACCAGCAACAGCAGAGCGUCAUCAGUUCAGGAUCAAAUGGCGAUACCGUACUCACUCCCGUUGUAGCACCACCGCCAGUUUUCGAGCAAUUGUGA